AUGUAUGACGUGAGGUGGGAUCUGAAUCAUGUUCCGGACAAUGUGCAAGCCGGCCAAUAUGCGCAGCUUUUGAGUGGACAGCAGCCAGUCGCCAUUCGCACAGCACCUAUGGACGCACUGAUGGCCGACGCGGGAGCCUACGGGAAGUGUGAUAAGAACAAGGAAGCGCUCAAACGUCUCGAGGCUAUCUUGCUGAGCCGCGAUGACGGCGUCGAGUCUCAUACCCAGGCGUUAGACCUGAUGUAUAACUGGAACUUUGCGCGCUUUGACGGCGGAGACCAGUAUCACGCAGCAGCCGGUUGGGACAAGGCGAGGAGACGACUGAAAGCAAAGAGGCUUGCGGUCUCCUCCAACUGGUGGGUUGCCGUUACAAGAGCCCGGAAGGACGCGGGAAUUAGCCCCGAGCUUGACCGUUGGGUCGAGAAGAUUUGGACGUUGACGAAGACGGUAAAAGACUUGUAUCAAAUCAUCAGAGCAAGUCUGGCAAUGAUCUUCAGCAUCUGGACAAAGUCAAUGACUUUGAAUGCGGUGUCCAUCCCCCAUUUGCACGACAUCGACACCCAACUCUUCUUGUCAGAGGAGUGCGCUCGGGCUGGGAGGUCGACUACCUUCUAG